UGUUAAAAACCAGCCCCUACUUCUUGUUUUCUUUUGCUUAUUACACACACACUAUUCUCCUCUUCUCCAUCAUUUUUGUAGCAUUUUUUUCCUAAAAUUUAGGCCAAAGGGUAUUGCAUUUUUUUAAAAAAAAUAUAGCAAUGAAAUUUGGGAAGAGGUUGAAGCAACAGAUUCAAGAAACAAUACCAGGGUGGCGUGACAAGUUCUUGUCAUAUAAGGACUUGAAAAAAUUGGUGAAGUUGAUUUCUUCUGCUUCACCAAUGAUGAGUGGGUCUUUAGAGUAUGGUAAGGCAGAGGCUGAGUUUGUGUAUUUGUUGAAUAAUGAGAUUGACAAGUUCAAUGCUUUCUUUAUGGAACAAGAAGAGGAUUUCAUUAUUCGACAUAAGGAGUUGCAACAGAGGAUAGGGAAAGUAAUUGAUACUUGGGGACUAAAUGGGAGCCAACCCUCUAAGACAGAUUACAAAGAGGAAAUGGCAAUGAUCAGAAAAGACAUUGUUGAUUUUCAUGGUGAAAUGGUCCUCUUAAUGAACUAUAGUAACAUUAACUACACAGGGUUGGCUAAGAUAUUGAAGAAGUAUGACAAGAGAACUGGUGGAUUACUGCGCUCGCCCUACAUACAGAAGGUGCUGCACCAGCCAUUUUUCACAACUGAUCUCAUUUCAAAGCUGGUAAAAGAGUGUGAAAGCACCAUAGACUCAGUAUUUCCACCUUGUGAAGAAAAAACAAGUAAUCAAUUAGGAGAAAGAGAAGCAAUAACAGUUGCAGGAGAAGGGAUAUUUAGGAACACAGUAGCAGCUCUUUUGACUAUGCAAGAAAUCAGAAAAGGCAGCUCUACUUAUGGCCGAUUCUCUUUGCCACCUCUCAACUUGCCAGAAUCUGAUGUUACUCACUCCUUGCAGCUCAAUUCUCCCAUAGCAAUACCCUAGCACGUUUUGAUGUAUUUUAUAGUAUUAUGUUACACUCAUAUAUCAAUCAGUAUUUAUUAGAAGUAACACCCCUUUUUUCCUUUUUGGAGAAAAACAUGUCAUUCAGCAAUGAUCUCUUAGUCUCUUUGUUGGUAGUAUAUAUAAGCAAAAUAGAGAUGAUAUAUGUAGGCAAGUAAUUUUAAUGUGGAUCCUCACGUGACACGUGAAAUGAAUGAAUUGGUCAUAUCCUUCAAGCAUGAGUUGGUCCUUUCACCUUA